GAGAUAUUACUUCUUCCUCCUUCAUCGUACCGGGUCGCCUGUAGCUAACGGUGUGCAGUCUGUGUUUCCUGCCCAAGUGACCCCGAACCCCGCCCUGAUUUGCAUAGCUGGCUCAAGUCAGACUUGCUCGAGACUGCGCCCCCCAAUCGCGAAUUGCCGAUACUGUGUCUUCGGGAAGCCGAUUCAAGUUAUCCAUAAGACGGAUCAUUCUCUCGUGGAUUCGUCCUUUCACCAAAACUAUCGAAGAAGCCACGAGCACAGAGACCAGAUACCUGACGGCAUUCUUCCUUCUCGCCGCAUCGUCCUUUCUCGCGCCUCCCUCGCACUCCUAGCCCGGAGAUGUCAGCUGAGCGGUAGCACCUUUCUCGCAGUAUCUCCUACACCAUGACCAGGCUCUGGGCGGCAUGUGCCCUACUUGCCGCUAUCUCUUCAGCAUGGGCGGAUCAAACUGCCGCUGAUUACUUUGUCCAUUCGCUGCCAGGACAGCCAGAUGGCCCUCUCUUGAAGAUGCACGCAGGACAUAUCGAAACCAAUCCUGAACAUAAUGGACAUAUGUUUUUCUGGCACUAUCAGAACCGACACAUCGCCGACCGCGCAAGAACCGUGAUCUGGCUCAAUGGUGGCCCGGGAUGCAGCUCGAUGGACGGGGCGUUAAUGGAGCUGGGACCUUACCGAGUAAGAGAGGGAGGAAAACUGGUCUACAAUGAGGGUUCCUGGGACGAAUUCGCAAACGUAUUAUUCGUGGACAACCCUGUCGGUACCGGCUUCAGCUACGUGAACACGGACAGCUAUCUCCAUGAACUGCAAGAGAUGGCCGACCAAUUUCUGGUGUUUCUGGAAAAGUGGUUUGGGCUAUUUCCGCAGUACGAAAACGACGAUCUCUACUUCGCAGGGGAGUCAUAUGCCGGGCAAUACAUUCCUUAUAUCACAAGAGCAGUUUUGGAUCGAAACGCCAAAGCGAAAGAUCAGGGAAAAGGGGCGUGGAACCUUCAAGGCCUGCUAAUUGGGAAUGGUUGGAUUGCUCCAGCCGAACAAUAUCAGGCCUACCUCCCCUUUGCCUACCAGGCCAACCUCAUCCAAGGCGGUACUCCUGAAGCAGCCAGAGUUGAAGCGGCACAGGCAUCCUGCAUUGCCGAACUUGGCAAACCCGGCGGGACGGACACGGUAGACGUCAAUGUGUGCGAAGCAGUUUUGUCCACCAUUCUCGACGUGUCCAAGGAGAACGGCAUGUGUUACAACAUGUACGACAUUACCCUGAAAGACAAGUGGCCGUCGUGUGGGAUGGCCUGGCCCCCGGAUUUGGAAACAGUAACGCCUUAUCUGCGCCGGGACGAUGUACUUGCGGCCCUACACGUGAAUCCGGACAAGCGGACUGGAUGGGUUGAGUGUUCGGGGGCCGUUUCCUCUUCGUUCCGAGCUAGGCACUCGAAACCAAGUGUUCAGCUGCUCCCGGGCAUUCUCGAGGAGGGCGUUCCAGUGUUGUUGUUCAGUGGCGCGAACGACCUGAUCUGCAAUCAUAUCGGAACGGAAGAUUUCGUCAACAACAUGCAAUGGCUAGGUGGGAAGGGAUUCGAGCUGUCUCCUGGGGUUAUAGCUCCAAAGCGCGACUGGGAGUUCGAAGGCGAACCGGCCGGAAUCUACCAAGAAGCCAGGAAUCUCACCUAUGUCAAAUUCUACAAUUCGAGCCACAUGGUGCCAUUCGACUACCCUCGACGGACUCGAGAUAUGCUCGAUCGAUUCAUGGGGGUGGAUGUCACAGGGAUCGGUGGCCAGCCGAGUGACAGCCUUAUUGGAGGCGAAAAAGCGGGCACUGAAACGGAGGUUGAAGAGCCAGCCAACAGCACGGUCACCGUCACCCCGGAGGAGGAGAGUCAGAAGCUCAAAGACGCCGAACUCAAGGCCUACUAUCGCAGCGGCGAGGCGGCUCUGGUGUUUGUGCUCAUUGCCGCGUCCUUGUUUGGCUAUUGGGUGUGGCGAGGAAGGAGGAAGGCGCGCAGUCAAGGGUAUAUCAGCGUCCCGCUCGCAAACGGCUCAAUGCCGAAAGGUCGGGGAGACCUGGAAGCGGGGGAUUUUGACGAGAGCGAACUGGACGACCUGGAGUCGAGCCGGCGACCUGGAAAUAUGGAGGCCCAGCACUAUGAUCUGGCGAGCGACAGCGAGGAUGAAGAUACAGUGGUGGCCAGUGGUGGUGGCAAGGGACCGCAAUCAGCUGCCCAGUAAGACCUCCCCAAAAGGACAUAAAAUAGUGGUAUUCAUUUUAAUGAUAGACGUAUGCGGUUUGUGGCAAUCUGUCGAUAGAGAUCGUCGCCUACGUGCACAGUAGCAAUGUGACUCUCGCCAAAGGGACUUGGUGCCUGGCGAUCGCGAG